UUGAGUCUUUCUCUUCCUCUAGCUGCAUGGAGAAUCUGCACGCUGCUGAAUGACCUGCAUGUCUCAACUUAUGGAAAAGAUGGUUGGCUCUUAUGUCUUGUGGCUGGCCUUGGCUUCCUGCAUUCUGACCCUGGCAUCUCCAGAACAGCAAGGUAACAGAAACCUCAUCAACACUCGUUCCUAUGACCCCUGCCAGAAUUACACCCUCCUGGAUGAACCCUCACGAAGCACAGAGAACACAGAAGGGAGCCAACUGUGUGACAAGGACAAGCAUGGCUGGUACCGCUUUGUGGGAGAUGGAGGAGUGAGGAUGCCCGAGACCUGCGUCCCAAUAUACCGAUGCCAGACAGAUGCUCCCCUGUGGCUGAACGGGACCCACCCCACCCUUGCGGAGGGCAUUGUCAACCGUACAGCUUGUGCCCACUGGAGCGGCAACUGCUGUCUCUGGAAGACCGUGGUGCAGGUGAAGGCCUGCCCGGGCGAGUUCCACGUGUACCGGCUGGAGGGCACCCCCAAGUGUACUCUGAGGUACUGCACAGAUGCCUCCACUGCCACAGACAAGUGUAAGAACCUCUGCCGCCCGGAAGAGGCCUGUAGCUUUCUCAAUGGCACCUGGGACUGUUUCUGCAGAUCGGACCUCAACAGCUCUGAUGUCCACAGUUUGCAGCCUCGGCUAAACUGCGGGGCCAAGGAGAUCCAGGUGUCACUGGACAAGUGUCAGCUGGGAGGCCUGGGUUUUGGGGACGAGGUCAUCGCCUACCUGCGAGACUGGAACUGCAGCAAUAUGAUGCAAAGAGAGGAGAGAAACUGGAUAUCUGUGACCAGCCCUACCCAGGCUAGGGCCUGUGGAAACAUUCUGGAGAGAAAUGGAACCCAUGCCAUCUACAAAAACACCCUCUCCUUGGCCAAUGAAUUCAUCAUCAGAGACACCAUCCUCAACAUCAAUUUCCAGUGUGCCUACCCACUGGACAUGAAAGUCAGCCUCCAAACUGCCCUGCAUCCCAUUGUAAGUUCUCUGAACAUCAGUGUGGAUGGGGAAGGAGAGUUCACUGUCAGGAUGGCCUUGUUCCAAGACCAGAGCUACAUAUCUCCUUAUGAAGGGGCCGCAGCUGUGCUGGCUGUCGAAUCCAUGCUCUAUGUGGGUGCCAUCUUGGAGAGAGGGGACACUUCCCGGUUUAACCUAUUGUUGAGGAACUGCUAUGCCACACCUACUAAGGACAGGACUGACCCUGUGAAAUAUUUCAUCAUCAGAAACAGCUGCCCAAAUCAAUAUGAUUCCACCAUCCAUGUGGAGGAGAAUGGGGUGUCCUCAGAAAGCCGGUUCUCAGUUCAGAUGUUCAUGUUUGCUGGAAAUUAUGACCUAGUGUUCCUGCAUUGUGAGAUUCAUCUCUGCGAUUCCCUUAAUGAACAGUGCCAGCCGUCUUGCUCGAGAAGUCAACAGCGUAGUGAAAUAGUGGCUAUCAACCCAGCUUGGGUUCUAGAUUUGGGACCCAUCACUCGGAGAAGUUCUGCAUCUGUUGACAUCACAGAUGGAACCCCCAGCACUGCAGGGUUCCUGGUGGCCUGGCCCAUGCUUCUCCUGCCUAUCCUCCUGGCUGAGCUGUUUUGAGACCUCAGCUGGGCAUCUGGCCUUGAAGCUUGCAUUCUUCCCUUUGGUGAUGGCUUCCAGUCACCCAUCGGCAAUGCCAGUUCUCUCUCCAAAUCAUGGAGACCAUCUUGGUGUUCAUAGACUCUGGGCCAGGCUAGGUUUGGGGAAAGGGAAGAGCUUUGCCUUGUUCAACACACUCUGUGCUUUUGUAUUCCUCUUUCUUUCAUGAUGGGGGCCCUGUUGGCCUGUCUUGGCCUGACUUCUUCAUUUAUUACCAGGAUCCUGGGGUCAGACUUGUUCCAUGCCUCUGUAGCUCCAACCUUUACCAGAAAUAUAGCAUGUGUUAUG